AUGGCAUUAAUGAUGAACCUAAUUUCAACCAUUUACCCCCAAUUUAUAGAUAUUGAUCGACUAUCCUCCUCAUCAUCAUCCCCACCUUUGGAACUCGCGGAAGGAAGCGGUCAUAGUCGGUUGCGGGCAGUCAUCGGCGGUCAGUACAGUGAACAAAUCGGUUUUUCGACCUUCCCCAAAUUAAGAGGGAUGAUGAAUAACGAAUUGACAUUGAUGCGGGAUUCCGGGCACUUUGUUAUAGCUGAUGAAGAUCGAAUCAGUGAGCUUCCCGACGAAAUCCUUUGUUGUAUCUUAUCGUUUCUAACAAUCAAAGAAGCUGGCAGAACUAUUGCUCUGUCAAAAAGAUGGAAGAUAACGUGGACGAUGUUUGUGAGCUUGAUUUUCACCUUGUAA